AUGGCUCUCAAGAAGAUUAUCAUCGUCGGCGCCGGCCCCUCGGGCCUCCUCCUCGGCCUCCUCCUCUCAAAACAAGGCGUCGAAGUCGACCUCCUCGACGCCGACACAAAAGUCAGCGACCAACCGCGCGCAGCACACUAUGCCUCGCCAGCAGCGUACGAGCUCGACCGCGCCGGCGUCCUCGACGACGUGAAGAAGCGCGGCUUCCAGUUCAAGACUAUGGCCUGGCGCAAGCCAGAUACUACUUUCGUUGCAGGCACAACCACAGAGCAUCUUCCUGCGGACUAUCCGCACCGCAUGGUUGUGCUUCCACUUGACCAGCUCGGCGAGCUCCUCGUCGAACAUAUCAUGCGCCAGCCGACGGCGCAUGUGAAGUGGUCGCAUCGCGUCACUAAGGUCGGGCAGGAGGCGGAUCGUGCUUGGGUUGAUGUUGAUACGCCGUCUGGCCCGCAGCGCAUGGAGGCAGACUAUGUUAUUGGCUGCGAUGGCGCGAGCAGCACAGUCCGCCGCGAGCUCUUUGGACCGGAAUACCCUGGCGAAACACUAAACGCGCAAAUCAUCGCUACAAAUGUCUACUACGACUUCACAAAAUACUUCCCCUCCGACUCCAGCUUCAUAAUCCACCCCGACAACCUGUACAUGGCAGCACGAAUCACGAACGACGGCCUCUACCGCGUAACAUACAAGGAGAUCCCGAAUCUCUCGCGCGAGGAGUACAUCGCGCGUCAACCGAAACGCUACGAGGAGAUCCUCCCCGGGAACCCUAAACCGGGCGAGUACAGAAUCACAAAUAUCAGUCCCUACAAGCUGCAGCAGCGGUGCGCGCAGUCGUUUCGGGUAGGGAGGAUUGUCCUCGCGGCUGAUGCGGCGCAUUUGUGUAACCCUUUUGGCGGCCUCGGCCUAACAGGCGGAAUAGCCGACGUGGGCAGCCUUUACGACUCGCUAAUGGGCAUCCACACGGGUCGAGCCUCCGACGCGAUUCUAGACAAGUACGCGGAGAUCCGACGGAAGAUCUGGGUCGAGAUCAUUGAUCCGAUGUCGCGGGAGAAUUUCGCGCGGCUGCAUCAGGAUGCGGAGACAGCGCGCGAGAAUGAUCCGUUCUUUAGGCUUUGUGUGAAGGCUGAGACGGAUCCAGAGCUUAGUAGGGAGAUUGCGAUGGGGUAUGAGAAGUUGAGAGUUGAUAUGACGGAGUACUACGACCUGUGA